AUGGGUCGCAAGUUUCUGAAUAUGGUCCUGCACGAGUAUGGCAGUAGAAUGUAUUCGCUGUGUCGCAUCAACCUCUCCACUCAUCUCUUCUACCCGACAGCAAAGGACGCAGCAACAGCCCAUGAAGACGCGAACGCAAGGAAGAAGAAGAAGAAGCAUGGGGGGAUAAUAUGGCCAUCGACGAUCUCGAGCUGCAAGCGCCUGCCAAGAACGGUGGUCAACUUUUCGACGCCGCCCAGCACCGCCGCCGCCAGCAACAUGCGUUUCUUCUCCCUCCUGCCCGAGCUGGGAGAGACCAGCGUCAUGUUCGCCGACCCUUCCUGCAAUUCCUCGGUCUACGAUAUGGGCACCAAGUCUUUCGUCCUCACACCCCAAUCAUACUUCUGCAAGCCGUAUGAUUCCAUCGCCUUGUCCGUUAGGAACCUAUGCAGCGGCGGCAAUUUAUUGGACCACGAAGACGACCACGGCCUCUACGUCAUGAACAGCAUAGACGACAGCUUUGAGUUCUUCAAUUACUGCAAGGUUGGCUUGUCUACCUAUCCGUUGCUGUACAAUAAGUGGUACUGGAGCCCUCUGCCGCCCCCGCCGUCCGGCGGCCGUCCUCUCGUUGCGGCGGCGGUGAUCGACAGCUCCAACGCCAUAUGCGCGUCGUCCAAGCACGGCACCUACACCUUUGAUGUUUCGAGGGAGGUGUGGAGCCACACCGGCAGCUGGGUGCUGCCCUUCCACCGCGCGGCAGAGUAUGUCCCUGAGCUCGGACUCUGGUUCGGCCUCCAGGCCCCUGGCAAUGGCACCCCUCAAAAUCGCUUGUCUGCAUUUGACCUUUCGUCCUCUGCCAUGGCGGAAUCUGCUCCUUCGUCCCUGCAUGAUUGGGAAUACCUCGAUCUCCUCCCCGAGGAGUUGCUGCCUGUGGGGCGUGCCUUGGUGAACCUGGGCUCUGGCAAGUUUUGCAUCGCGACCCACUGCAGGAAGGAUAGGUCUGCACUACAGGAGGAGGACGAGCUGGAGAAUAUUAGGAGUUUGGGUGGAAAUGGGGGUGUGCAAACUCUCUUGACUGGCGUGGAGGUGGUCCGCUGCGCCGACGGGCUCCAGCUUAUCCACCACAAGUCCCAACGUUACAACAUUGAAAACGUUAGAAUCCACUGCGUGCUCUAG